AUGCGCGUUCAACUACAAAAUGAUCCAUUAGCGUCAGGAUUCUCUGAACAAUUGUUAGACAUUGGCAACGGUAAAAUUCAACUGUAUGAAGAUACCCAAUUUAUUAAAUUUCCAGAGAACUUUUGCAACAUGGUGGCUACCAAAGAUGAAUUAAUAAAUAGUAUCUUUCCAGAUUUAAGAUAUAACUAUACUAAUCAUGAAUGGCUACGAGAGCGAGCUAUUUUAGCUGCAAAAAAUUUAGAUGUAGACGCCAUCUAUUUUAAAAUACAACAGUCAUUGCCUGGUAAUGAAAUUACAUUUAAAUCAAUUGACACCGUUGUUGAUCCUGACGAAGUGGUCAACUAUCCAGUAGAAUUUUUGAAUUCUUUAGAUUUACCUGGAAUGCCACCACAUAAUUUGCGACUGAAGAUUGGCUCACCUAUAAUUUUGCUUCGUAAUUUAAAUGCCCCGAGAUUGUGUAAUGGCACGCGAUUAGUUAUAAAAAAAAUCAUGGGCAACAUUAUUGAAGCGAAUAUUUUAUCUGGAAAAUUCCAAGGUGAAAUUGUACUUUUACCGCGGAUCCCAAUGAUUCCUUCAGAUUCACCUAUACCAUUUAAACGCUUACAAUUUCCGAUCCGUUUGGCAUAUGCUAUGACUAUUUAUAAGUCACAAGGUCAAACGAUGACAUUUUGUGGAUUAGAUUUAGAAAAUCCGUGUUUUUCUCACGGCCAAUUGUACGUUGCGUGUUCCAGAGUUGGAAAACCAUCGAGUUUGUUUGUUUAUACUCCUCAUGGACUAACUAAAAAUAUUGUACAUCCAAUGGCAUUACGAUAA